AUGGCCGACGUCUCUGAGGCUUUCCCAAGCAGUAAGUGCGAGAAAUUCGACGCGACCCGCCCUGCUGAUGAUCAUGAGUCCACAAUCGGGGGCUCGACUGACGAGAUCGCCUAUGCUGCUGCAGUUGCUGCUGCAGAUGCCGCUGAUAACGGUGCUGCCUCGCUCACCAAUGGUCCCGUAGCUGAUCACGACAAUACCUCGACUGCCUCGUCUGCUGCUGCUUCGUCGACCAAGAAGUCCGACACCAUGCCGCUCGAACGCCACUCCUCGCCGCCGCCCUACACGGCUUCCUAUCGCAGCCUGUUUGCUGAGAUCCUGUCGUGGAGCAACCCGCAACACUCCGCGCUUGCAUACGCCAGCAUCGUCUCCCUCAUCGUCGUAGUUAGGUACUUCGACGUGCUGCGCUGGGCGCUCAAGCUCUCGUGGAUGGCGCUCGGCACUGCCGUGCUCGUCGAGACCAUCGGUAAGGCCGUCUUUGACGCCAGUCUUGCCUCACGCCUGCGCCCUCGCACCUACUACACCAUCUCGCGCGAGACGCUCGACGCCGUGAUUGGCGACACCCACGAGCUGCUCAACUUUUUCAUCGUCGAAGGCCAGCGCCUGCUGUUUGUCGAGAAUGUUAACCUUUCGGUUGCGGCCGCCGUCACCGCCUUUAUCUCCUACUUCCUCGUCAAGUUCCUCCCCUAUUGGUUCCUCGCCCUUCUCGCGACGACCAUCACCUUCUUCGGCCCGCUCAUCUACCUCAAGAACCAGGAGGCCAUCGACGCCCAGCUCAAGCACGCCCAGGACCUCGUCGCCGCCCAGACGGCCCAGCUGCGCUCCGUCGCCCAGCAGCACACCGAGCAUGCCGCCCAGAUCGCCAAGCAGUAUGCUGGCGAGUACACCUCCAAGGCCCAGGCCCUGAUCAAGGGCGCCCAUGGUCGCAACGGUGGCGCCCCGCUUAAGGCUGAGGGCUUCCCGGCCGCGCCGAAGAACGAACCUUUCCCCGAGGCGCCGAAGGAGGAGCCUAAGAAGGUGGAGGGUGAGGAGAGUGAGAGUGAGAAGGCGGGGGAGACGGAACCGCUUAUUGCUCAUUAA